AUGUAUAAUUUUAACAUUUUUAGAAAAAUUAAAUUAAAAUAACAUAAUUUGAAAAAUUAAUUUUUAAUGAAGUAAUAAAAAAUUGAUUAUAUAAUUUAAUCAAUUGGAGAACAUUUAUGAGCUUCAUUGAAAAUUAUUAUAAUUAAUGCAAAUUUUUUAUGGUUCCUUUUCGAAAAUGAAUUCACUUCCGUUUGAGGAAUAUAAAUUGUGAGAGAUACAAGACUUUUUGGAAGAGUUUCAAAAAAUAUUAGAGUGAAAGAAAAUGGAAAGAAUCGAGAACAAAAAAAAGUUGUGUAUUUUUUUUUUCUUGUAUUAUCUACAGCAUCCCAGAAGGGUGGUACGGGUACCAAUUGGGUGAGGAUAUUUCCAUCGAUUCAGAGAGCGUCGUCGCGACGCAGAGGGCGUCAUGGUACCAGUACGGGGCGGCGAACUCCCCGUUCAUAUGGAGUUUAGUGUACAUUUGAAAUUUGUUCUGCGAAGUAAAUUUCGAAUACACAGGUGUAAUAGAUAUAGACGCCUGGGUACCAUUUUAGGAAAUGGAGAUUUCACGUGUACCCAGGGGUCCUGCACCACGUCUUAUUUUUCUCUUUUGUACUCUAACUCUUACAUUAGCAGCAACUGGAAUGUUAUGUACGGCAAUUAUGUCUGAUCAUUGGGAAGAAGUUGAAUGGAAUAGAGAGGCAUUAUUACAGGCAAAUAUCAACCCCACGUGGUAUUUGGAUGGUAAAGUUGCCAUGCUUGAAUCAUUGCCUGCUCAUGGAAGUUUUCAUCGAUUUCAAAAAAAGCACGCAUUUUUGGUUCCAAUGCACGGUGGAAUUUGGACAUUGUGUGUAUCACUGACCGAUGAGGAAAUUCAUCUUUUAGAAGAAAUAGGUUUUCCUCAAGAGAGAUGUAUUAAUUACUUAUAUCCUGAUGAAGCUCAUGAAGAAAUGAGAGCUCUUUGGCAAAAUCGCAUGCAAAAUUUAAGCAUUUCCUGUUCAUUGGUUUGCAUGAUAAUUCUUGGCAGUGCUGUUUUGGUUGGAUCAUUUGGAUUGUGUAGACAUCAAAUAUCAGCUGUUCUUAUUACAGGUGUAAUGUAUCUUUUAGCUGCCACUUUUGCACUCUUUACAUUGACAAUAAUUUAUUGUAAGAGAGCUCAAGAUCGAAAUCCGAGAAUUUUCGAUGGUCCAGAGGAUGGAGUAAUAGGUGGGCCUGUACCGCGAAAUAUUCUAAAUGCGAGAUUAUUUAGAACCUCAUGGAGUAUGGAUUUUGGAUGGGGUGGAAUGACUCUUUGUUCUCUUGCAUCUGUUGCCUGGAUUUUACUCAGCAAAAUCAUGAGAUUCAGUCCAAUAUCAGUUAUGUUUGCGUAGCAAAGAAAAAAUAUUUAUUCUUAUUUAAAAUUGAAACAACAUAAUUUCAAUUAAUCCUCAUCUCAAUGAAUAUUUUCUUUUGCCAAAAUAUUUAAGAUACAUCUAUAAAUAACAAUUAACAUAUCAUUUUUAUCUUACAAAAAUUCUAAAUUGAAAAAAUAUUCUCUAAAAUUUAACGAGGUUCAAAAAAUAUUUUAUUUACAUUUAGUUACAAUAAAUGAAAAAUGCUGUGAAUAUUUUCAAAAUACUUCUGCACUUUAUAUAUACACUUUUCUACAAAAAAAAAAAUCUAAAAAUAUUUUUUAGCAACUUAUUUGCAUAUUUAUAAAAAAAAACAGAAGCUUUGUGAUAAUAAUGUGAAAAUCUAUUUUUAUGAGCACAAAUUUUGAAUAUUGUAAGUUCUUAAAUAAUUGCGUCUGUAAAUUUUCAAUUAGCACACAAAGUAUUCUUUCAUGAAUGCUACAAAGUGAAAACAUAAUAUUGUGAUUUAUGUAAAUAUUACGUAUUACUAUAUAAAUAAGAAUAUUUAAAGUUUAUUAAAGAUUGCAAAAUUUUUCAUAUUAUAUAUAAACAUUUUUUUUUAUGAAUGACUAUAUUUAUAAUGUAAAUUAUUUUAAGCUUCAAACAAUUUGUGAAAAAAAACAAAGAGCCUUGUGCUUUUAAUUAGACUGAUUAAUUAGUUCUAUACUAGUAAUCGCAAAAAAGCUUUUCUACUAAAUAAUAUUUGUGAAAUUCAAAAUGCCUAAGAAUAAUAUUACAGUUGAAAUCGAAAAUAAAAAUACAUUUACUGUUU